AUGGGUUUGCCAUUGGUAAGUUCCGGCAUGGCAUCUUCUGGUACCGGGUUUAACUCCCUCCCAGAUAGUGAAAUGCUGCCUCCACUACCCAUGGGACCACCUGCAAUUCCACCAAAUCGUUUUGAUCCAUACUUCGAUGCAACGACUCCCAGUAACGUAUCCUGGAUCAGACACAGAGAUAUUCAUAUCCUCACAGUGGGCAGCUAUACAUAUACGAGCGAUCAACGUUUUCAAGCAAAUCAUCAUCCUGAAACAGACGACUGGACUCUGCAGAUCAAAUGGGCUCAAAAAAGAGAUGCUGGUACUUAUGAAUGUCAGAUUAGUACCCAACCGGUAAAAAGUUAUUUCGUCAACUUAAAUGUAGUCGUACCUACCGCUCAGAUUCUAGGGGGACCAGAUCUACAUGUCGAUAAAGGUAGUACCAUCAACCUAACAUGCUCCAUCAGAUUUAGUCCUGAGCCACCCGCGUAUAUUUUUUGGUAUCAUCAUGACGAUGUUAUCAGCUAUGAUUCCAGCCGUGGUGGGGUAAGCGUGAUCACUGAAAAGGGUGAUGUUACUACAAGUUUCUUACUAAUCCAGAAUGCUGGUAUACAGGACUCUGGAAAAUAUUCCUGCAGCCCUUCAAAUGCUGAUGUUGCAAGUAUACGAGUUCACGUAUUAAAUGGUGAAAUGCCAGCUGCAAUGCAAACAGGCUCUGCUGGAUUGUCCAACAGCUCAUUCAACAUCUUCGCUCUCAUCAUAGUUUCUUACAUAUACACAUCCUGCUAUUUUAGCAACCUUGAUAUAAACCAAGGAAGUUGA